AUGGCAGACAAGUUUCCCGAGAUCGACGACACAACGGCGGGGGCCGGCGACGUGGCCCCUGGAUCGGAUUUCCUCUCACGGGAGAAGGAGGUGCUUGGCGACGAGUUCUCGACGGCCAACGACGCAGAGGUGUUGAAGGAGACCGGCGACGACGACGACGACGAAGAGGAGGAGUUCGAGGACUUCAAGUCGCAAUUCCCCGAGGUGGGCGGCGCAGCGGAGGCGGCCGAAGAGGCACACGCUGCGCUGGACCACGACACCGGCGCCACGGAACACGCCGUGGUGAACAAGUUCGGGGACCUCAAGCUCGACGAGAGCGAACACGUGCAGGAGUGGAAGAAGACCCGGGAGCUCGAGGUGGCGAAGCGGGACGAGAUUGCGGAGCGCAAGCUGAAGGAGGUCAAGGCGGAGGCCGAGAAGGCCAUCGACGACUUCUACGAGAACUACAACAACAAGAAGGACGACGCCAUUGCCGAGACCAAGAAGGCCGAGGCCGCCUUCCUCGAGAAAAGAGACUCCUUCCUCGAGCACGGCACUCUGUGGGACCGGGCCGUCGAGCUGCUCAAGCUCGACCGCAACUCCGACGCCGUCGACACAGAGAACCUCCGGGACAAGACCAAGUUCAGAGACCUGCUGCUUGCUCUCAAGGGCAAAGAGAACGUGCCCGGCGCCGCCGGCGUCUGA